AUGACAGAACCAUCACAAAUGGACAAGGACGAGCGCAACCGGCAAUAUGCAGCCAUGAACCGAGCAGCAAAGCGAUCCAUGAAUGCUGGUUUGAUCAACAAACUUAAGAUGUGCAGCGAUGGUGAAAGGUUUCAAUUGAUGAAGACAUUUAUCGCCAACCCCGACCUGUCCACUGUGGAAGUGGAAGAGAGGUUCAAGAACUUUGCGGAGCAAUCGCGGACAGAUCUAUAUACCACAGUGACGUUGCUACAGCUGAAGAAAGAAUUUGGCAAGGGGAAAUCCGCGAGAGCCUUCAUUGCCGAGUUGAUCAAGGGUUUCUUGCCUUAUAUUUUAUGA